AUGGCUGAUGCAUACCAUCUCCCUAGAGUCAUGCCUAACAUUUCAUUCUAGUUUCAUCAUUUCUCUCCCCCCCCCCUCGCCGGAAACUUCCAUUAAUCCUCCAUUUGCGCCACCAUGUCCACCUGCAUGAUCUUCCUCCUAUGGCUCGUCAGCACCCCCCUUGCAAUCCACGCCGACUCACUACCUGUCGGUUAUCUCCUUAACUGCGGUGCGGACGAAGAAGCAGUAGAAGGGCCUCUCAAGUACGUUCCAGAUGAUCACUUCAUAUCAACUGGCAACAAAACAACAUUGAACAGAACAGACAUUCUGCCUAGAUUAAGAACUCUCCGGUUUUUCCCAAAUGCCAAGGCUAGAAAGUUCUGUUACAGCUUCUCUGUGGUAAAAGAAGGGAAAUAUCUAGUGAAAACCAUCUUUUUCUACGGAGGUUUUGAUGGAGGAAAGGAGCCGCCUGUUUUUGAUCAGAUCAUUGAUGGAGCAAAAUGGGGCAUUGUGAAUACCACGGAGGAUUACGCGAAUGGGGGAUCAUCCUUCUAUGAGGCCAUUGUCGUCGCUCGGAACAAGAUUCUGAGUGUUUGUUUGGCAAGAAAUCAGCACACUGCUGCUGGUACCAGCCCUUUUAUUUCUUCUGUUGAAGUGUAUCUUAUUGAUGAUUCUGUUUACAAUUCUACCAACUUCAAUGAAAACCUGCUGGUGACUGUUGCAAGAAGUAGGUUUGGCACAGAUGGAGAAGUCGUUAGUUUUCCAGAUGACGAUUUCAACCGAUACUGGGAGCCCUUCAAGGAUGAUAAUCCUUUCGUCUUGAGCCAGUCCAAUGUAACUACUUCGACAUUUUGGAACAUCCCACCACCGGAGGCCUUUAAAUCAGCACUAACAACCAGCAGAGGGAAGAAUCUGACAGUCAAAUGGCCACCGUUCUCACUCCCCAGCGGACGAUAUUACAUUGCAUUGUACUUCCAAGAUAAUCGAACCCCAAGCCCAUAUAGCUGGAGAGUGUUCGAUAUCUAUGUAAAUGGAGAAAAAUUCUUCCAGAAUAUCAAUGUCACAGAGAGUGGUCAGAGUGUUGUUGGGACAGAGUGGCCUCUUUCAGGACAAACAGAGAUUUCUCUAGUUCCCGUCAACAAUAAAACUGUUGGGCCAUUGAUCAAUGCUGGUGAACUCCUUCUGAUGUUGCCUUCUGGAGGAAAGACCAUCACCAGAGAUGUGGUGGCAAUUGAGCAAUUCAGAACAGAAUUAACAAACGAGCCCGAAGAUUGGACAGGGGAUCCAUGCCUUCCAAGAGAGAACUCAUGGACCGGUGUUUCGUGCUCUGACACAGUUCCCGUUCGAAUUCUCUCUUUGAACCUGACAGGCUUUGGGUUGUCUGGAUCACUGCCACAAAGUAUAUCUAAGUUAACUGCACUCAAGGACCUUUUGCUUGGAGACAACAAACUUUCAGGCAAUAUACCUGAUUUGAGUUCACUAAAAUCUUUAGAAACUCUUCAUCUUGAGAACAACCAAUUCGAAGGAUCAGUCCCUAGUUCGAUGGGCGAACUACCAAAUCUUCGUGAAGUAUACCUCCAGAACAACAAACUAAAUGGUAGCAUCCCGGACUCUUUGAAAAACAAACGCGGUGUCAAUGUUAAGCUAGAAAUGUUAGCUGAUAGAGAUGAUGCUGUUGUGGAUUAGGUCCUAAGUGAGAGGACAAAUGACGUUGAGGAGUACAGAAGCUAUGGGCAUGGAAGGACAAAAGGGAGAGAUUUUUGCAAUUUUGUCUGUUGGAAUGAAGAUAGGCAAUGGCUUGUGUACUUGGUUGUCUUGUGUUUUCACUGUGAUUAUGCAUGUGUUUCAUAUCAUACUGGUGCUCUGUCUCUGCAUAGACACACAAAACUAAAGUAUAUACUGUCUAUUCCUUACUUUUAGUGUGUCUUUAUAUACUUAGAAAAAUUAUAACUUCAAGGGUUCUUGAAUAAGUGGUGAAUAUUACUAUGUUUUUUUUUU